AAAAUCAAGACGGAAACCUCGGUGGUCACCGGUUGCUCCGUCCACAGGAUCUCCAACGAGAGGAAGAUGAGCCUGAAUCUCUUCUCUGUCGUCUUGGCCGUGCUGCUGAAGCUUUCAGCACAAAAUGACUCUCUGCUUCAAGAUGAAGGUGUGAAAACCAAUGAAUCUCACGGUUUGGACAUAACUUCAAGAAUUCUGGAGGCUAAUAAAGGCAUCGACCUCGUGCUGGUGGAAGGUGACGUCGCUCUCUCCAGGAAAAGAAAUGCCAUGAAGUGUUGGAGCGGAAACUGCAAAUGGACAAAAUCCUACAAGGGGCUGGUUGAAGUGCCGUUCACCAUCAGCGAUUAUUUCUAUGACAGUGAAAGGGCCUCGAUUAGGAAAGCCAUGGAAACGUUCCACCAGAAAACCUGCGUUCGCUUUGUUCCUCACCGCGGACAAUCUGACCACCUGAGCAUCGAGAGCGAAAUGGGAUGCUGGUCCACCAUUGGCAAAGACGGAGGCCGGCAGGUGGUUUCUCUGUCCGUGAACGGUUGUCUGGAUCGUGGGAUCAUUCAGCACGAGCUCCUCCACGCACUGGGCUUCCACCAUGAACACACACGGAGUGACAGGGACCAGUACGUCAGGAUCAACUGGGGGAACAUCCCAGCAGUAAAUGUAUUCGACUUUCACAAAAUGGACACCAACAACUUGAACACGCCAUAUGACUAUUCCUCUGUGAUGCACUAUGGAAGGACUGCUUUUGCAGAAACGUUUGGAGCAGAGACCAUUACUCCCAUCCCAGACUCCUCUGUGCCGAUCGGACAGAGGGAGGACAUGUCUGAUAUCGAUAUCCUCAGGAUCAACAGAUUUUACGGAUGCAAUAUUUGAAAGAAAAAGAAGACGACAAUAUUGUAUCUGCUCUUUUGAUAUGACUGAUGUUGAUUUAGUUAAAUACAAUUCCCACAAUCUAAAUAUAAAGUAAAUUGACAUGAAAAUUCA